AUGCCGUCGUUAAGGUCCCCAAUUUGUGGAGUCGGGCUGUUAAGAAGCGCCUCCGGCCCAUUCCUCGGGCCCCGGGUCCUAAUUCCGACCGUGGACUUUCUUAAUCUCGCGAUAUCGGGCCCAAGCAUCCAAAGGAAACCAAGCACAAAUCGUCGUUCGGCUCGCGUGAAAUUUAUCAAGGUGCUCCAGGGCGGUGUGCGAGUUAGCCCCGCUAAUCCAGCGGGCAACGGCGGUGCAGCCGACGGGGCGAUAAAAAAGAGUUAUUCAGGGCGUAGAGGAAAAGGCGAGUCCGUCUUGGCCGUUAGCUGGGGAUCAAGGGAUCAACGGACGGCGGGCGAUAAUCAUAAUUUUUACUUACGAGAGCACUGGUACACGCCAUCGGAGCGGGCCCGCGACAAAUCUCCCCUAACUGCCGGCCAACUUCGCGACUCCACUCGAUCCCGGCCGUAUGUUAUGCGGCGGUUCAUUUGUUCGCGCGGGACACACAUAGAACGGCAAGAUGGCGCCAAGAUAUUCCGCGCAGACCGGCUCUACCGCAAGGCGACCGCUUUCACGCACCCCAGC